AUGAGUUUCAGCUCCUUGGCCUUGUUGGUCAUAUUGUGGCAGCCGGUGGUGUCGUUGGACCUGAGGAAAUUCACGGACUUGGAGAUCAGUCGACAUGAGAUUUGGAAGGAGAAUGCGGAAGAGGUAAAUCUAUCUUGGGAUCUCUUAUUUAUUGUAUGAAUAUAAAGUGGUAUAGAAAAUUUGGAACAACUUUUCAUGAAUAAAAAAAAAUUACAUAUAACUCUGGAUGCUGAAGAUUUCAAUGGGCUUGAUCUAACAUGCUACUACACUUUGGCAAUACAUAGUUAUAAUCAUGCGCCUAAUUCGUAUAUUUCUCCUAUUUUUUUUUGAAAUCGAGCAGUCUCUUUUGUCUCUUUGUUACGUCUUUGAUGAUCUUUAAUUCCGAUAAUUCCGUCAGAGUAUAAGGAGCAACAGGAAGGAGCCCUUCAAUUCAUAAAUAAGCAGCUUAAGUACAACUCCACUCAACUGAUAGCAGAAUAAUUGUUCGUGGUCCAAAAAUAAUAAUAUAAAUUAUUUUAGCUCUACCAUUCUUUCAACUUUACAUUGAUCGACUUAAUCCAAUCUCUGGACGCGAAUAAUUCACAAAUCUCGGCCGAAUGCGGUGCAGAUCUCUGGAAAAUCCAACUGGCCAUUUAUCAUAUGGUGACGGGCCAACAAGAUGAUUUUAUCUUGGACAUGAUGUCUUGUAAGUGCUUAAUUUGCAUUUUGAUGACUGAUUUGGCUACAGAAAUGUUAAAGAUUUAUGCAUAUUUCGAAGCUGUAAGCGUUGUUUUGAGACGGUUGAAAUAUCUAAAAAGGACUUGUUUUUUCCAGACGGCUCAAUUUAUGUAAUAUGACAAAAUUAAAAAAAAAGUUCUUUUUACAAAGCUUUAGGGUUCUUAUCGACUCCCGAACUCUAAUUAUUAAUUAUCGUUUUCUUUAUUUUUUCGACUCCUAAAUUUCAAUUUUUUGAAUGAUAAGGAAGUUUCUGUUUGCAGGGCUUGUAGUUCUUAGAACUAAAUAUACAACGAUGAAACUAAAGAUUCUAUGUGGGAGACUAGGCCUAAAAUUAAUUAAAAUUUCUAAAAAAUCACUUCAGCAAGGACAGAUCCCAAAAUACAGUGAUAUAUUUUAGUAAUCGAUGCCGGUGGGAAACCAGGAGCUGGAUUAUUGCAAUUCAACUUGCACUUUGAGGGUUACAAAGGAGAGUGUGAAGCCGUUGAGCAUUACUUCCAUGAGAGAGAGCGGCCGUUGAAAGGGCAAUUUUUGAAGUGAGUUCUUAGAGUUACGUUGAGACGUGGCUAAACUAUAAACCUGACUGUUGUGAUAUCUUCCUCUAGAUUUUUUUAUUUGGCAAAAUUUUUGAAAAGAUGAAUCAAUUUCACUUCAAAAUUUUUAUUUUUUCAACCGGAAAUUACUAUUACAUGGCCAUGCUUAAAAUAACAUUUUCUUUGCUCUACAGUAUUCACUAUAAACCUCAGACCAUCUACGUAACAUCCAACUGUUUUUCCCUUCUUCUUUCACGGAAAAUAAGAAACUUCCGAGUAUCUGCAGUUGAUGUAAUCACUACGUAGAAAUAUAUAAUUCCCAGAUUUGUGUGAUAUUAGAUUAUUUUUGAACUUGCAUAGAGAAUAAUAAUGUUAUUUGGUGUGAGAGGACGUCACGAUGAUCAAAAGGACUUGCUGAUUCGAUUAAUUUUCAAUUAAUUUUAGAUUGGAAUUGAGUUAUUUGGAUGCCAAUCGAACUGGGCGAUGUGCCAAUCCUCAGCAAAACUUUUUGUGGGACAUGUGUUUACCCGAAUCUUGUAGUCGCAGAGAUUUGACGAUUGCAUUUGGAUCAAGUAAGUUGUUAUAUAGCAAUUAAAACAAAUGGUUUUUCGACCACACCUUUCUGAACAGAACGUCCUUUACCCAUCUUUGCAAUGUGCAUCUUCUAAAUGAGAGGACAGGGAAUUGGAAUUACCAGUCUUAUAUUACACUGUAAGUUCAUUUAAGGGUUAGAAGCAAAGCCUUCGUUACCGUAACUAACGGAAAAUAACUCCGAUUUUACAUGGGGUUCCAAAAGGUCUCUUCAUAUUGCUAAAAUCCGAAUUUCCUGGGUCGUUAUGAACAAGAAACUUCCUUGCUUUCGGAGUACUAAAGAUUUUUGAACAACCUUAGUAAGAGUUACGGUAAGGGCUUACAAAACUCCGAACGUUCAUUCAAAUGCCCCACGGUAAAAGUUUGGGAUAUCUGAGUCCUCGGUUUGCAUAUUAUGGCAAUUUUUUCGCCGGCGACGCGAGUGAAAUUUGGAGACUAACAGGGGAAUUACUCCAAGGACGCUCAGAUUUUAACGAAACUUGGUACAAAUUUAGAAUAAUUUUUUCUGAGAUAUAUGCGAGAAUCCUAGCUCGCGUUUUGCAGAAACAACCGAGAUUUUUAGAUCGAAAAGUCGGCGAAAAUUUGGGGCUUCUGGCCGAAUUUCGGCAUGAAAAGUUUCGUGCCUAUUUCUACCGUAAACGAUAAUGUUUCUACAAAAAAUCAAAUUUUUCCGCACGAAACUGCCAAAGUUAUGGCCAAAAAGCGCUUUUCUCUCCGACCGCUCUCCACGUUUAGCGUGCUCUCUCGGCGGCAAAAAUCGUUCGAUAUCUCGGCGGCAGCCGCAAAGCGCGAGCUCAAACUUUCAGGAAUUGAUAUUCGUUUUAUGUCCGACGUGUGUGCAAAAUUUAAAGAAAAUCUGAGCGUCGCACUUAAAGUACUUCCCCUGUAAGCAAUGCGUUUCGCUUUCGUAAAAAAACAGAGGUUGUGGCAACCGGGAAGAAAUGUGCUUGUGCAAAUUCCCCGAACUUUACGAGACAGCUAGCUUUAUUUGACCUUUUCGCUCGCCCUUUAAAAUCCCCAAACUUCGCGUUUUGCCUACAAGUCUACUGUAGAUCUUGAACUAUUCCCUCUCUUUAUUGCAGUAUUAGUAGUGCAUGUCAAGAACGGCCCUCCUAUUUUGGGCUAAUUCGAUUAAUGUCAUUUCCAGAUUCUAUAUGACGUUUCUGACCGGCCUAGUGGUUAUCGCCUCUGUUCUCGAUGUAACUCUUUCCUCCGAGUCCAAAGAAGGUGAGGCUAUUUGGGGGAAAACGAUUUAAUCAAAUUUUAAUUGCGUUAAAUGUUAAAGUACAUAGUGGGUUAUUGUUGGGAUAAUCGGAUUGUUUCUCGGAACUCUUCGGAACCUGGGGCCUGUUUCACUAACAUAAAAAUAAAUAAAAGAGAAGUAGGGGGGAGCGAGAGAGCAUCGAAAACGCGUUUGCGAGCAAGAGAAACCGGACGAAAAGCAAAAGUAGCCUACUUCUCUUUCGGAGUGACUUUUUGCGUCCAAAAACCGGAGUUGGCCGCAGAAUUUUGGCCAUAACUUUUUUCUCAAUUGGUAUAGGAACACCCUUCAAAAAACCAAAUAAAGCUGACGGUUGAGACUACAACAUAUCCAAAUUUCGUUGUUUUAUUUUCAAGAGUAGAUUAGCUAUAUAGCUUAAAGUACAGAGUACAUUUAUACUGAAGAUACGAAAUGUUUUAUUUCUCGGUCAAUUUCAAAAUGUUGACGCUUUAAUUUAUACCAGUCGAUAGCCCGUCUUUUUUUCUAUGAGGCUUUUUUAGAGGGCCAAUUGUAGGUCUUAUUAUGGCUGAGUUAUGGCAAAUUUACCUCCAUUUUUGUCAUAAAAAGAGCCCUCAAAUCAAAGGAAGAGGAAAAGUUCGCCCCUUUCGGAACGACUUUUUAUGGUCAAAAAUGGAGGUUACCUUGAUUUAAUUGCCCGUAACUCUAUCAAUUUAUGAUAUAUCGCCACCCCUCAAAAAACAUAAUGUAGCUAAGGAACGUCUUUAGACACUGAUAUGAAAUUUGUAAUUAUUCUUAUAAAAAUUGGUGAGAAAAAUGCGUUUUUAUUCCGCGAAGAAGAAAAAACGAGAUGGUUGGCCGUACUACUGUAAAAUUAGCGGUCCACCGGGCUAUAAAAGGAAUUCAAAACACAUACUGUCUAAAACUACUUAAAAAAUUCUAUGUGUUGUUUUUUGGAGGGUUUCAAUCCGAGAAGUUUUACCCAAGUUAUGGGAAUUUUAAGCUCAAAUUUAGUCGGUUUUCUCAAAAAUUACAGCACGCGUACUUUACGAUUUUUUUAAGGACGGGUUUUGGCACCACAGCAAUGAAAAUAAUCUUGGUGAUAGCUGAAACUGUCAGCUUCAUUCUAAAUUUUGAAGGGUGUUCCUAGACCAACUGAGAAAAAAGUUAUGGCCAAAAUACUGCCCCCAACCCCGGUUUUGGACGUAAAAAGUCACUCCCGCAGAAGUAGGCUACUUCUGCUUUUCGUCCGGUUUCUCUCGCUCGCAAACGCGUUUUCGAUGCUCUCUCGGUCCCCCCUACUUCUCUUUUAUUUAUUUUUACGUUAGUGAAACAGGCCCCUGGUUACCGUAGGGGAAAUACGUAUGCGUAGGUUAAUUGUAAAGUAUUUUUAAACAGUUUGCAGAAAGCGAACGAGCAUGUCGAAAGGUUUGCAAAAUAUUUUUACGUAAGAAUUAACUUAAAAUAUUUGUUUGUUAAACUGGCUACUAAGUAAAACAUUCCAAAGAAAAGGGGAAAUUCAUUAUUAGCGGAUCAAAAACCGUACAUGAAUAUUCACACAUAUAUGUAUUUGUAGUUGGUGGGGCGUAUUUUAUCUCGUCGUUUUCCAUUUUCCAAAAUGUCUCCGAACUUUUGGCCGUAAAGAAGAAUAAAGCCGGCCAAAUCAACCAACUGCAUGGCAUCAGAUUCCUCAGCAUGUGUUGGAUUAUCAUGGGCCAUUCAAUGUCAACGUCGAUGCUCUUGAGUGCCAAUCUAAAGGAUGCUUUGGAGUAUAUCAAGAAAUGGACGGUCAUGAUCCCAGCGCUCUCUUAUUAUGCCGUGGACACAUUCUUCUUCCAAUCCGGGUUUUUGUUGGCCUUUUUGUGGUUCAAAGGCUACGAUCGGAACCCGAAGGCUGCUACCUCUGUAUCUUCUUGGGUCAUGUUUUAUGUCCAUCGGUUCUUCAGGUGAGAGUUUACAGACAAGACUAGUGUAGAGAAGAUAAUCUUCAGUCGCAAUUAUAGCAUUGCCAUGAUUCAAGGAGCAUUCAAAAAUCCUUGUCAUUCUUUUUGCUGAAAGUCCAAUCUCUUCCUAGUGCACUAUAAAUUCUGAAAUAGAUAUACUAUAUCCGAGAUGUCAUCAUUUAGGAAAACAUUUAUUGUUAUAAACGAUCUCUGGCCUACCCACCAAAUGACGACCUUUCCAGAUUAUCCCCCGCAUAUUACAUAGUCAUUGCGUUUUACACUUUCGUCUACUCUCAAAGCGACCUCCUCGUCAAGUCCCCGUUGUUCCUUGGAACGCCGGCCACAACACUGUCGUCAUGCCCAACUCAAUGGCAUUACAAUCUACUCUAUGUGAACAACCUGGUUGGAGUUAAGAAUGCGGUGAGUAGAGGGGCUAUCUAACAUGGUAUUACACAUACAGAGGAUAAUAUGAAAGGUUGGACUUUGAUAUAACAUAGCACCUUUACCCUUACCUACAUAAUGACAAUUAUGUCGUCAACGGAACUGACGUCAUUUAAUCAUAUUAGAAUUUUUCUUAUUUAUUUUUUAGAACAUAAUUAGGUCAUACAUAUGGCGUUAGUGUGUUUUGAAAAACAAGCGUUAUCUUAAAGUAAUUGCAUUGUUAAAACCUGACCUUGCAAACGUAUGUUUGACACUUCUAAUUAGAUUGUUACGAAGCUUCAAAUCAAACCUUAUUACUGAAGAUCACGUAGGCAUUAAGUUCCUAUUUACAGUGCUAUCUCAUAUCAUGGUAUCUUGCAACGGACAUGCAGUUGUAUAUUGCAGCGCCGGUACUUAUUUUGCCGUAUAUAUUGAGCAAACCCAUUGGGUUCUUUGUGUCAUUGCUGCUACUUAUUGGGGGCACUGUAUUCAACUUUAUUACCGUAUAUCUUCAUCGGUUACCACCUUACAAUUUCGACUAUGGAUGGCAAGAUCCGGAGAGUGAUUGGAGCAGAGUGUGAGUAGAAAGGGGUCUAAGAGUACUGUAAUUACAGAGCCUAUGAGACGUGGAUGUACAAUCCGCCAUGGAUGAGAGCUCAGCCAUAUAUCAUCGGGUUUAUUCUCGGGUAUUUCAUGCACGACAAACUCAGAAUCCGACUGAACAAGGUAGGGGUUAUUAGCGUUUCUUUGGGCUGUUUAACAUGGCAAUCACUGACCGUAUUUUAUUCCAAAAGCAGUUGUUUCUCCUACUAUAUUUAGACUUUUUAAUAAAUUAUUUACGUAUAUUAUAUAGCUCGAGAAACGUUAAGGUCACCAAGGUUAAUAUGUAAUGAAGAAAUUGCGGCUACAAGUUUAAGUCUACACGGUUUAUGAAAUUGCGAAACCCUCAGUCAAACUGAUGUUGGUCCCGUGAGACGACUGAACUCGUAGUUAUAGUAUUAGUGCCACCCAUAGGUUUUGAUCGCGCGUCAUGAGACUACUCUGUGAAAAUAUUUGCCCGACUUACAUGACUAAUUAACCUACAGUAAUUGUGCCGCAUGACUGCGGCAAAAACAACAUUUUUUCUACUGUAAACGAGAUUUACAAACACUUUUACAGUUCUCCGUUUUCCUUGGAUGGUUCUUGAUACCAGUAUGUGUCUUCGCCGUAUCUUAUCCGAUCCGAGAUUGGGUAGCCCAACAACCCAUGGCUCUGUUGCCCAGGGCUCUUUACUCUGCUUUGGCGCGGUAUGCUUGGUCAUACAUGAUUGGUUGGAUUGUGUUCUCAUGUUAUUAUGGGUACGGAGGGCCGGUUAACCGCUUCCUCAACUGGCCCGGAUGGGUUCCCUUGGGGAAGUUGAGCUACUGCGCCUAUCUGGUCCACUUGUUCGUUGUCGUCCACUAUUUACUGUUGUUCCAUCACAAAAUGGUCUUCUUGGGAUUGACGCAAACUGUAAGUGGAGAUUUUUUAGAAGAUUCUGUGCUGUUCUUUUAGUAUUAGGAUCUCAAUUAUUUCAGUUCCUUCUCUUCACACUUCCAAUUAUCACUGCCACUUAUCUCUUGGCAAUCUUUUGGUCGGCGAUCUUCGAGAUUCCAAUUGCCAAGGUAAGAUGAGCGACCUUUGGUCGAGAAUUACUGUUAUAAAUUUGAUGAGUAUCCGGUUUAAGGUAGAAGCCUACUGCAUAAAACUGGCAUUACGUCGGCCGCGAAACCAUCCAGUCGCUCCACCAGAGGAACCUCAGCCAGCUCGGAAUGGAUCAGUUCGCCAUCCUCCAAAUGGCUCGGUAAUACACCCAUCCAGGACCGGAUCUGUACCGGCGAGGAAUGGAUCGAUUAUUCAUCCACAAAGUCCCAAACAUUCGAUCCGUCUGAAUGAUAAGCCCACAAGUUCUCUUAUCGAACAAGACCCGCGUAAAUCUGUUUCUGGAUUCGAUGAGAACAAAGCCAGCUUCAUCGCUUCGGCCCCAGAUGUCAGCGAAGAAGAGACCGAAGGCAGCAGCAUACGAUUCUAG